UUACUUGCAGAAGAAGAUAGAGGAAGAGGAGAGAGAGGAGGGAAGGCUGCGAGAGAAGAGAAACCAAAGGAUGGAAAACAGAUUGUGUACUUGAAUGUUAUUGCCUCUGGUGAAAGCUUCAAUAACGACGAGGUGCGGCAGCUCUGCAGCUUUCAGUUCAGUAUUAUUAGCAUCAUUUUCUGCUUUGGUCAGCUCUGAGAAGCAGUAGUCGGAGGAAACUUUAAGACUGAGCUGCUGGGAGUCGAGUGCAGUCUUAGAUAAAGAAGCAAAGAUGAACCAAACUGCUUCUGUCUCCCAUCAGAUCGACUGUCAACCAGCCAAGGACACCAAGGAGUUUGUGGACGUCAGCCCGCCGCAGAGGAACUGGAAAGGCAUCGCCAUCUCCCUGCUGGUGAUCGUGGUGGUCUGCUCGCUCAUCACCAUGUCGGUGGUCGUCCUCACACCUUUGGAGCUCCCUGACUACAGUAAGUCCAGACUGACUGUGGCAGAUCUGUACAAACCAGAGUUCAGCACUCACGACCCGGAGGCCACGUGGAUCAGCGAUUCAGAGGUGGUGUACAGGAACCGUGACGGUCACGUCAUCAAGUUUAACUUCGUCUUGAACGAGACGGAGGUCAUCCUGAGCAACAGCACGUUUGUGGCUUUUAAGGUGGCAAAGUACUCGCUCUCUGCAGAUCUGAAGUACGUGCUGUUCGCUUACGAUGUCAAACAGGUGUACAGAUAUUCCUACACGGCGUCUUACAUCGUUUACAACGUCUACACGAGGGAGGUCUGGGAGCUAAACCCACCGGAGGUUCACAACGCAGUGCUCCAACAUGCAGCUUGGGGAAGACAAGGACAACAGCUGAUCUACAUAUUCGAGAAUAACAUCUACUACCAGUCAGAUCUGAGGAGUAACUCUCUGAGAAUCACCUCCUCCGGGAUGGAGGGAGUCAUCUCCAAUGGACUUGCUGACUGGUUGUAUGAAGAGGAGAUUCUGCGUUCACACUUGGCUCACUGGUGGUCACCUGACGGAGAGAAACUGGCUUUCCUCACCCUCAACAACACACUGGUGCCCAACAUGGUUCUGCCCCAGUUCACUGGAAACACCUACCCCAAAGGACUACAGUACCCAUACCCAAUGGCCGGUCAGAUAAACCCCGCCGUCAGGCUGUCGGUGGUCAACCUGUUUGGAGCGACACACACGCAGGAGCUGCAGCCGCCGGAUCAGCUCAGAUUCAGGGAUUUCUACGUCACCAUGGUGAAGUGGAUCAGCAAUACUCACCUCGCGGUGCGGUGGCUCAACCGGUCCCAGAAUGCUUCACUGCUGACCGUGUGUGACGCCACCAUCGGCGUCUGUCAGCAGAGACACGAGGACUCCUCAGAGACAUGGCUGUCCAGACAGAGACAGGAGCCGCUGUUCUCCAGGGACAGGACCAGGUUUUUCCUCACUCUACCUGUGAAACAAGGAGGUCAGGGAGAUUUCCACCACAUCACAAUGUUCACCAGAAAGUUACGAAGUGACGAAGACGAAGUUCGACACCUAACGUCGGGAGGCUGGGAGGUGACAAAGAUGGUAGCUUACAAUGAAAACAACCAGAUUGUAUACUUCCUGAGCACAGAGGACUCUGCACAACAGAGACAUUUAUACAGUGUGUCCGCGCUUGGCCUGUUUCCACGGCGAUGCCUCACCUGUGGACUGAAGGACGAGUGUUCCUUCUUUGACGCCAGCGUCAGCCCCGAUGCACAGCAAGCCAUCCUGCUCUGUAAAGGUCCUGGAGUUCCAGCUGUGCUGCUUCUGAGUCUCGAUGACGUCGACUCGUAUUUCAUCCUGGAGAACAACCUCCCUCUGCGGUCUGCGCUGAAAACUAAAAAGACGAUACAGACGGAGAUCCGGACGAUCACAAACGAUAACUUUGAGCUGCCUCUGAAGCUCAUCUAUCCCCCUGACUUCUCUGAGUCCUAUCUCUACGGCCUCCUCCUCAUCGUCGGCAGUUUUCCAGGCGACCAGGUGGUGACAGAGGAGUUCAGGUUGGACUGGGACUGGGUUCUGGUGGGAUCAGAUCAGGUCAUCGUAGCACGACUUGAUGGCAGAGGGUCCGGGUUCAGAGGUCAAAGGGUUUUGCAGCAGGUCCAUCAGGGGCUUGGCACCGUGGACGCCGAGGAUCAGAUAGCAGCUCUGGAGUAUCUGGUGAAGCUGCCAUUUGUCGAUCGCACUCGAGUCGGAGUCUUCGGAGAGGACUAUGGAGGCUACCUCACACUGACGAUGCUGAAGUCGACGGAGAAGCUGAUCAGAUGUGCUGCAGCUCAGGCUCCCAUCAUUGACUGGUCCAUGUACGUGUCUGCAUUCUCAGAGAGAUACCUCGGCUCGCCUUCGACUGACGAGAACAAAUAUCAAGCAUCUAAAGUCCUGCCCAACAUGAAAGGUCUGCAGGGAGGAACUCUGUUUCUGGCUCACGGCACUGCUGACGCAAACGUUCACUUUCAGCACACGGCAGAGCUCAUCAAACACUUGAUAAAGAUCAGAGCCAACUAUACAAUGCAGAUCUACCCAGACGAAGGACACUUCCUGUCCAGGCGCAGCCGGAUUCAGCUCACUUACUCCCUAAUUGGUUAUUUUAGAGGAUGUCUGCUUGACGUGUCAUCAUUACUCGACCGACAACAAGACGAAGACUGAAGCGUGGACCCUGUUUAUGAUCCUAUGUGCCCCUGGUAGACUGACAGAGUAUGUGUGUGUGUUUUAUACCUGUAGCACAAUGUUUGAUGGACAAAACAAGCUUUGACAUAUCAGAUAUAGUUAAAAGCUCCUGCAGUCAGCUCUGUUGUCGAGUAUCAUGAUGCAAGUUUCACCUGUAGAACGCUGAAAACGCUUCAUUUUUGUGCAAUCUUUAAGUUCAACAAAAUGUGGGGGAAGUUUGGAGCAGGAGUGGAUUGAAAUACUUAUUUCUAAUACCUCUUCUAUCAGCACAUUAUCAAUAAAAAUUAGCGAAAUACACUGGAAACAGAAAUACGAUUUACAUGGACACGUAAUUCAAUGAAUAUGUCCUUCGACAGUAGCAUUUUUACAUGCUAUUUUUAUGCCUUAAUGCCAAUUUAAAGUAGUUCUGAUUCUGGUUAAAGUCCCUGAAAACAUAUUUCUCUACAACAUUGAACAUUGAUGACAAAAUCUAAAGGUUGGACAAAGAGACAUAGAUACAAUAAAAUAAAUGAUUAAAUAACGACCCUUCAAACUGUCAUUAAAUUUGAAUUCAAGUAGAAGUUCAACCCAAACUUGAACUCAUUUAUAUAGUCCCUUUCAUGAAAAUAUCAAUGAAUCUCAUGUAAAAGUAGAUAAUACAUGAAUAAUAUGUAGCCAUACAAUCAUAAAAUGUUAAAAAUAAGAACCAAUGUCCGAUUCGGCAAGACCUAAAAGCAAACCACAAAAACAAUAAAAUGUCAACAGUAAAAGUAGAAAAUGGA